AUGGUCUCCUUCUCUACAAUCGUGAGCGCUGUAGCUCUUAUCUCGAGCUAUUCGCUGGUCGAAGCCCAAAAAACUGUCAUGCCACUUCCGUUUGAUGGACGUGCGCAAGAUUUGACCGUUGAAACGAUCACUAAAAAGUACGCGACGCACAUUCUUACUAUGCGUAACGACUCUUCCCUGA